AUGCUCUGCAAUAAUUUUGCUAUAAAUCUAAGUAGCUAUCUUGCCUUCCAGCGGCCGUACAAGAACUUGGUCAUGGAAAUCACAAAAUAUUCUUUUACAACAUUGCUUCAAGCGACAGAUAUCUUUUUAAUGACGGUGGGUCAUGAAAAAGAAAUGCAGAUUUGUGGUAAUGUCGAGCCUUAUGCAGUCGGAACUUUCUCUACUGCCUCGUUGUGCGAAAGAAGAGUGAGGGAAGAUGAAAAAAUUGACAAAAGCCGUAGCAUACUCUUCAACACAAGGUUUAUACAAAACGGAACUCGAAUAUUGACGUUAAAUAGAACUUCAGAUGUCGUAGAAUUACAGGCGACUCCCGUGUACAAGCAUAUCAAGGAAGAGAAUGCAGUUUUAGGUUUGGGAGCUGUAGUUGCAAUAUGUAUUUUCUCCGUUUGCCUCACUGUAGCUUCAGGUUUUGCUGGAGUUUAUUUGGAGAAAAUUUUGAAGCAGAAAAAAGAAGUGUCAGUGUGCAUUCGAAAUAUUCAACUGUGCAUCAUUUCAAUUCCGGCUAGCCUUCUCCUCGUUUUUGUAAGCGUCAAUAGUAAAUUUUUUCAAUUUUAUUUUGACCGAAUCAAAAAUGUCAUUUUAUCAGGAGAUAGAGAAAACAUUGCAUGCGAUGGCAAUGACGUUGCAGAAAGAGGCUUUUUUAUUGGUUUUGACUAUCUUGUGUGGAUUACAAUAUUCCUAACAGCAUUCGGAGGCCUUAUGGUUGCAACAGUUAUCAAAUAUACGGAUAAUAUACUAAAAACAUUUGCUGCUUCGUUUGCUGUUAUUGUUUCAUGCAUUAUUUCAGCAGUCAUAUUUCGCUUUCAACCUACAAUCUUAUUUAUUGUUGGUGGCACAAUUGUGAUUUUAGCUGUAUCUAUUUAUAAUUUAUUUCCGCACAAAAAAAACAAAAAGCUUGCAGAACAGGCGCCUAUAGUGUUCAAACAAUGCAAUUAUACUACUUAUUUUAUUGUUACCCGUAUCAGAAUAUUUCUGCAGCUGUUAAACAAAGCUUCAAAACCUGCUUCAAAUAACUUAAGAGCAGUAGUGUUGUUCACUAUACUAAAUGGAAAGUAUGACACCCUUAGUGGAGCUGCUCUUAUUUUAAAAGCUUCGACCACAGCUCUCAGCAAGAAACGCAACUGCAGAGACCCAUCAGUCGAAAAGUUUCAGCUCCGUCGUGCAUCGAAGAACCAAUCUCCAUAA